UCAAUGCUUUAUUGUAUUUCUCAAAAUAAUUCAAAACAGCUGAGACAACAAAGAAAGGAAGCAUGGUGAGUUUUCUUUUACACAAAGUGAAGUCAUAGCCUGAGAAACACAAGAGAUUUCUUAUCAUUUCUAAAAUAAGAGCACAUUCACCAUGUGUGAACGUUAAAAGAGUAAGUGUAAGUGGAGUUUUAAAGAAAUAGUUCACCCUAAAAUUUAAAAACAAUUCUCUCAUAAUUACCCUUAACACAAAAGAAGACAUUUUGAAGAAUGUCGAAAACCCAGCAGCCGUUGACCUCCAAAGUAUUCCAACAUUUUUUAAACGAAGAAUUUCUUCUUUAAUUUUCAGGUGAACUGUCACUUUAAUUCAAACUAAAUACAAGACACACAACUGAACACAACAUAUUACUCUGUGUUAUCCAAACACACCCAUUCUCUAUCUAUUAAUUACUUCAGGAAACCUGCUGUAAAGAAAGAAACUGGAACAGGGGUUACAAAGUAGUUGACUCUGAUUCCUGGAAAACAUGAGUAACUAUAUCAUAGAAACUUCUAGACACUGAGACACGAUUCACAAACAAACAUUCAUUCAAGCCACAUCAUACUGAUCUCUUCUUCCAAAGUUUACAUCGGCAUGUGACCGGCAUAUAAUAAAACACAACAAAAGGUAAUGAAUAUAGAUCUGAUUCACACAACAGCUGAUUAUCAAAUCACACCUGGAGCAAUUUAAAUGCACAAAACAGCAAUGCUGAAUUAAACACCAGCUAACACUGGAAUAAAUGCUGGCCUCUACUAAAAGGGAGAUCAGUUGUUGGGCAUAUCAUUUACAAAAUUACUAUUCCUAAAGUGCAGUAACACUGCUUGUUUAGUUAGCCAUUUCAGAAGGUGUGUAAUACUGACCACAUGCUGGACUAAACGGAAAGACUUCGACACUGUGACCUUGUGGAACGAAGUUUUAUUUAAGCCUAAAUGACAGCUCGACUAGAGGACAAUGUAUUCUUGUUCUCAUUCUUUGUUCAGUUCAGGCACUACAUUAGUUUGCGCACACAAAAUCCAGUAUUUUUCCAUCAACUGACGUUUAAGUGGCGUUGCGUCACGUGACUAGCGAAGAGGGGGUGAACAUGCGAGCGUUUGACGUCUGUAUGAAACAGCACGCCGAUUGUUUAUAAUGAUGUUUUUGAGCGAUUCGAUGCGUUUAUCAUCCAUCACAACCAUACCGGAGUCAAUUUCGCGGUAGUUAAGUUUAUGGAGACCAUCACAAGCCAAUUGUAUCAAGCUCUGACCCAUGCCAUGCGUCUCAUACCAUGACUCUGAACAACCACUCCCCUUCGUGGCUCGUGGAAAAUUACCAGCUUACAAUCAGCACAAGUACAAGCUCCAACAUCCGCCUCACGGACUCGAUGCCCUCGAUCUCCUUCAGUCCACCCUGAAAUUCAUUUUCCCGAGCAUGUAUGCAAUUAUCAGACGCGCACUGCUGGGGAAUAUCAAAUUAAAGCUCGCGGCGGAUAUAAACGCGAAUGUUUAUCGACGGAGUCGUGCAAAACACGUUACUAUUAACGCUAAAACUAGCUUUUCCUUACAAUAGUAACAAAACACACGAGAGCAAUAAUAUCAGGAAUUACAGGUCCAUUCUGCACGCAGUUUGCCUUCUUUUUCUCCAAACGGGCGGAGCGGUCGCGUGGGCGCUAGAAAGAGUAUAGAUUGAUUGACGUGCUCGCCGUCCAAUGGUGUGUGAGCGAGGACGUGCUUAGCAACGCAACGGCCAUUAGCAGGCCGCCAUGGGCGUGACGUUAAUCCAAACUUUUCGCGGCGCCAUCGGCUGAAAACUAAACCGAGAUGGAAUCUCCCAGUCUGAACCGGUUUCAACCGGUUACGAGUUUGUUGCUUGUGAGAAGAAGAGGCGCACAGGCUCAGACUCUAAUACCGCCCUGGUGCAAAAUAUACUUAAGUAUAGAGCACAUUUCUGAAAUAAGGUUAACUUUGUUUCGUAAAAUGAACCGGAGUAAGAAAAUACUGAACUCGCCGUGAUUGAUGGUGCGGAAUUCACAUCCUAGUGGUCCUUAAAUCAAGCUACUAGCUCGUGUAGUCUUCACAGAGGAAUAGUGUGGCUGACCAGCCAACGGCUCAUCCUAAAGCUUUUUUUCCAGAAAGCGUGUACAAACAGGCACCAGCGAUACUGGAUCAAAUAAACAUUAUUUUAGCAACUCUGGCAGACAAGCCCACCUUCUUUCUCUCAAAGGCUUGGACUUUAGAGCUCUAUGCCAGCAAUUAUGACAAUGUUAGCCGACCACGCAGCCAGACAGCUGCUGGACUUUAACCAGAAAUUGGAUAUCAACCUGCUGGAUAAUGUGGUCAACUGCCUGUACCAUGGAGUUGGGCCACAGCAAAGAAUGGCCCAGGAGGUGCUGACUCAUUUGAAGGAGCACCCAGAUGCGUGGACACGAGUCGACACCAUUCUAGAGUUCUCUCAAAACAUGAACACCAAAUACUAUGCUCUGCAGAUUCUGGAAACAGUUAUUAAAACAAGAUGGAAGAUUCUGCCCAGAAACCAGUGCGAAGGCAUUAAAAAAUAUGUUGUGGGUCUCAUUAUCAAGACAUCAUCAGAUGCAGCUAAUGUUGAGAAAGAAAAGGUUUACAUUGGAAAACUCAACAUGAUAUUGGUACAGAUUCUGAAGCAGGAGUGGCCUAAACACUGGCCCACAUUUAUUAGUGAUAUUGUGGGUGCAAGUCGCACCAGUGAGAGCUUGUGCCAGAACAACAUGAUCAUUCUGAAGCUCCUCAGUGAGGAGGUGUUUGACUUCUCCAGUGGCCAGAUGACACAAGUGAAAGCCAAACAUCUGAAGGAUAGCAUGUGCAACGAGUUCUCUCAGAUAUUCCAGUUGUGCCAGUUUGUGAUGGAAAAUUCUCAGAACGCUCCACUGGUACAUGCUACUUUAGAGACUCUUCUGAGAUUUCUCAACUGGAUUCCAUUAGGUUAUAUCUUUGAAACUAAACUCAUCAGUACUCUUGUAUACAAGUUUUUAAAUGUUCCAAUGUUUCGCAACGUGACCCUCAAGUGCUUGACUGAGAUAGCAGGAGUCAGCGUCAGCCAGUAUGAAGAGCAGUUUGUCAAUCUCUUCACUCUGACCAUGAUGCAGCUCAAACAAAUGCUUCCCCUGAACACUAACAUCCGACUGGCGUAUGCCAACGGUAAAGAUGACGAGCAAAACUUCAUUCAGAACCUCAGCUUGUUCCUCUGCACCUUUCUCAAAGAGCACGGACAGCUGAUAGAAAAGAGACUAAACCUCAGAGAGACUCUUAUGGAGGCUCUACAUUACAUGUUGCUAGUGUCAGAAGUGGAGGAGACUGAGAUCUUUAAGAUCUGUUUGGAGUACUGGAACCACCUUGCAGCUGAACUGUACAGAGAGAGUCCUUUCUCAACGUCCACCUCUCCCCUUCUCUCAGGGAGCCAGCACUUUGAUGUUCCGCCCCGCAGACAACUCUACCUGCCUGUGCUUUCUAAGGUGCGUUUGUUGAUGGUCAGCCGCAUGGCCAAGCCAGAGGAAGUGCUGGUGGUGGAGAACGAUCAGGGAGAGGUGGUUCGAGAAUUCAUGAAGGAUACAGACUCCAUUAAUCUAUACAAGAACAUGAGGGAGACACUUGUCUACCUUACCCAUCUGGACUAUGCUGACACAGAGCGUAUUAUGACAGAAAAGCUUCAUAAUCAGGUGAACGGUACUGAGUGGUCCUGGAAGAACCUAAACACACUGUGCUGGGCCAUUGGUUCCAUUAGUGGAGCCAUGCAUGAGGAAGAUGAGAAGCGGUUCCUCGUCACAGUCAUAAAGGACCUACUAGGUCUGUGUGAGCAGAAGAGAGGCAAGGAUAAUAAGGCCAUCAUUGCCUCCAACAUCAUGUACAUAGUGGGCCAGUACCCACGAUUCCUACGUGCGCACUGGAAAUUCCUGAAAACAGUUGUCAACAAAUUAUUUGAGUUCAUGCAUGAAACCCAUGAUGGAGUGCAGGAUAUGGCAUGUGACACGUUCAUUAAGAUCGCUCAGAAGUGCAGGAGGCAUUUUGUGCAGGUGCAGGUGGGGGAGGUGAUGCCCUUCAUUGAUGAGAUCCUCAACAACAUCAACACCAUCAUCUGUGACCUGCAGCCCCAGCAGGUGCACACGUUUUACGAAGCUGUUGGGUAUAUGAUUGGAGCGCAGACCGACCAGGCUGUGCAGGAACACCUGAUAGAGAAGUACAUGUUGUUGCCUAACCAGGUGUGGGACAGCAUUAUUCAGCAGGCCACAAAGAACGUGGACAUUCUGAAGGACCCGGAGACAGUGAAGCAGUUGGGCAGCAUCCUGAAGACCAAUGUUAGAGCGUGUAAAGCAGUGGGACACCCUUUUGUCAUUCAACUUGGUCGAAUAUACCUGGAUAUGCUCAACGUAUACAAGUGCCUCAGUGAAAACAUCUCUGCUGCCAUCCAGACCAAUGGUGAGAUGGUAACCAAGCAGCCACUCAUCAGGAGUAUGCGCACAGUCAAGAGGGAGACUCUAAAGCUGAUCUCAGGCUGGGUCAGCCGCUCUAAUGACCCACAAAUGGUGGGGGAGAACUUUGUCCCUCCAUUGCUGGAUGCUGUGCUCAUUGAUUAUCAGCGCAAUGUUCCGGCGGCGAGAGAACCGGAAGUCCUCAGCACCAUGGCAACAAUCGUAAACAAACUGGGUGGACACAUCACUGGAGAGAUCCCACAGAUAUUUGAUGCAGUGUUUGAGUGCACAUUAAACAUGAUCAACAAAGAUUUUGAAGAGUACCCAGAGCACCGGACGCAUUUCUUCUACCUGCUUCAGGCGGUGAACUCUCACUGUUUCCCUGCAUUCUUGGCCAUACCCCCAGCCCAGUUUAAGCUUGUGCUGGACUCCAUUAUAUGGGCUUUUAAACACACUAUGAGAAAUGUGGCAGACACUGGCCUGCAGAUCCUCUACACUCUGCUGCAGAAUGUGGCUCAGGAGGAGGCAGCGGCUCAGAGCUUCUAUCAGACAUACUUCUGUGACAUCCUUCAACACAUCUUCUCUGUCGUCACGGACACGUCACACACAGCCGGUUUAACUAUGCACGCAUCAAUAUUAGCGUACAUGUUUAACCUCGUCGAGGAAGGAAAAAUCAGUACAACUCUGAACCCAUCAAACCCAGUCAACAACCAAGUGUUCAUCCAGGAGUAUGUGGCCAACUUGCUUAAAUCAGCUUUCCCACACUUACAAGAUGCCCAGGUAAAAGUAUUUGUGACUGGCCUGUUCAGUUUAAACCAAGACAUCGCAGCAUUCAAGGAGCACUUGAGGGAUUUCCUUGUACAGAUCAAGGAGUUUGCCGGUGAGGACACAUCUGAUCUGUUCCUGGAGGAGCGGGAGGCAUCAUUGCGUCAGGCCCAGGAGGAGAAACACAAGCUGCAGAUGUCCGUGCCUGGCAUCCUCAACCCUCAUGAAAUACCAGAAGAGAUGUGUGACUGA